CAACUCAAAUGUGGCAACUGUAACUGAAAACCGAAUAUAUUGAAAAACCUGGAAAAUGUCGGCCGAAAAUAGAGAGUGCGAUGACGAAUUCGAGCGGCCCAGCAGGACCCUGGUACUGAUAAUCUUCACCCUGGCCGUUUGCCUGAAGUUGGGCAUCAUUUUGGUGGAGAUUAUGGUCUGAUGGAAUUACCUGCAACGAGAGACAAGGGAAAAGGUCGUAAUUAGUUGCUGUUUUUUUACAUUUUCCCUUACAUAAAAGAUAAGUGUAAACAAA